UCUCUCCCUCCCUCCCUCUCUCUCUUUCCUUCCCUCUCCCCCGCCGCCGCGCCCGCCUCCCGCCCGCCGUCGCUCCCCCUCCCCUCCCCAGCACUGCAGCACUAGCCAGCAGCAGCUCCGGCCGCCGCCCGCGCCUCUCCAGCCUCCGCAGGCCCCGCCGCCGCCAGCACCAUGGCCAGCACCUUGUCGGCCUACAAGGAGAAGAUGAAGGAGCUGUCGGUGCUGUCUCUCAUCUGCUCCUGCUUCUACACACAGCCACACCCCAACACCGUCUACCAGUAUGGGGACAUGGAGGUGAAGCAGCUGGAUAAGCGGGCCUCUGGCCAGAGCUUCGAGGUCAUCCUCAAGUCCCCUUCCGACCUGUCCCCGGAGAGCCCUAUGCUCUCUUCCCCACCCAAGAAGAAGGACGCUUCACUGGAGGAGCUGCAAAAGCGGCUGGAGGCAGCUGAGGAGCGAAGGAAGGCAAGGAGUCCUCCCACCCCCCCCCCACCGAGUUCUGAUGGAGGAGGCCCAUGGGCACAGGGCCUGCAAGACGCAGGGUGCUCCGGACCGGGCUUGGCCAGAGGCUCGGCCUAGGGUGAGAGGGGCUGGCUCCCUCAGCCUCUUCGUGAGAGAUAAGAAUGG